AUGCUGAUUAAGAUUAUUGGCAACUCAGUGGGAGCUUUGGGAAACCUGACCCUGGUGCUGGCCAUCAUUGUGUUCAUUUUCGCUGUGGUUGGGAUGCAGCUGUUUGGGAAAAGCUACAAGGAGUGUGUCUGCAAGAUCUCUAGCGACUGUGAACUUCCACGCUGGCACAUGCAUGACUUUUUCCACUCUUUCUUGAUUGUGUUUCGAGUGUUGUGUGGAGAAUGGAUAGAAACGAUGUGGGAUUGCAUGGAGGUUGCAGGCCAAACUAUGUGCCUUACGGUCUUCAUGAUGGUCAUGGUGAUUGGAAACCUAGUGGUACUCAACCUCUUUUUGGCCUUGCUCCUGAGCUCAUUUAGUUCAGACAACCUUGCUGCUACAGACGAUGAUAAUGAAAUGAACAAUCUACAGAUUGCUGUGGCAAGGAUUCAGAAAGGCAUAGAUUACGUGAAGAGAAAAGUGCGUGAAUUCAUCCAAAAAGCCUUUGUUAGAAAGCAGAAAGUUUUAGAUGAAAUCAAACCUCUUGAAGACCUAAACAACAAAAAAGACAGCUGUAUUUCCAACCACACAAUAGUAGAAAUAGGUAAAAACCUUGCCUAUCUUAAAGAAGGGAAUGGAACUACCAGUGGCAUAGGCAGCAGCGUGGAAAAAUAUGUUGUUGAUGAAAGUGAUUACAUGUCAUUCAUAAACAACCCAAGUCUCACUGUGACAGUGCCAAUUGCUGUCGGGGAAUCAGAUUUUGAAAAUUUAAAUACAGAGGAGUUCAGCAGCGAAUCAGACCUGGAAGAAAGCAAAGAG